GUUGUCUGUAAGUGUCAUGCUUCACGAGACUAUAAAGCAUAAUCAUGGCUGCUGGUCGCGUGCUUGUUUACGGGGGAAAGGGUGCACUAGGGUCCACUUGCGUCAAACUUUUUAAAUCUAAAAACUUUUGGGUUGGUUCUAUUGAUCUUGCACCAAAUGAAGAAGCAGAUGCAAAUGUUGUUGUUGGUCCCAUGGCAACAUGGAAUGAGCAAGAGAAGGAGGUAAGCUCUCGAGUUGAGGAAAUCCUAGGAAGUGAUAAAGUGGAUGCCAUAUUUUGUGUUGCUGGAGGAUGGGCAGGUGGAAAUGCAGCAUCUAAAAAACUCAUUGAGAAUGCAGACAGUAUGUGGAAACAAAGUGUUUGGACAUCAGUAAUCGCAUCUAGCCUAGCUGCACGGUUUUUAAAGAAUGGAGGUGUUCUAACUCUCCCUGGUGCACAGGCAGCACUUAAAGGUACCCCAGGAAUGGUUGGAUAUGGUCUAGCCAAGGCUGCAGUGCAUCAGUUAACUCAGAGUCUUGCGGGUGAUAACAGUGGCAUGCCUUCUGAUAGCUUGGCUGUUGCCAUCCUUCCAGUUACGUUAGACACUCCUAUGAACCGCAAGUGGAUGGCCAAUGCUGACUUCUCUACCUGGACACCACUUGACUUUGUAGCUGGACUUUUUUCUAAGUGGGUAGAGGGCCAGGAACGGCCACCUUCGGGAAGCCUGGUCCAGUUGAUAACCAAGGAAGGCAAAACAGAACUUAUUUUGUCUUAAAAACUGAAACAGGCUUCUUGUAACCUUCUGGACUCUGUAUCUCAAAGGCUUGAAAGUGUUCCAAGUGAACAAAAACAAUUUUUUCCAGGAAUGGGUAAAGACAACUCUGAUGUAAUAUUGAAUUACAUCCUUCAUUUCUUAAAGUACUGCUAAAGGAUUUAAUGAUACACAACUACUGAGAGUUUUUUUUUUCUUUAAGGCUUGCAUGUCAAAUUAUUUUUGGCAUUUUAGACCAGUCCAGUGGAAUAUAUCUAGCUAUACAGUAAGUUCUGCAGGAUAGAAAUGAUAUAUUUCUGUUGACAUAUUUUAAAGGUUUUCUGUAAUAUUUAUGUGUAGUGGAUGCUUGAAAUACAUGUAUACUAUUUUGAAAUUGUGAGUUCUAGGAGUUUCCUAGUUUCUAGUCCCAUGUCAAAGUUACUGGAAAGUUGUCAUCUGCAUGUAUACAUAAGCAUGUAACUUGGUAUUGCUGCACUGCAGUGUUCAUGAAAAGAUUUUUUAAUUGUUUAAUGUACUUUUGUUCACUAAAAUCAUUCCAGUUUUAUUUUAAAUUGUACUCAGAGAUUGAGCUGAAUGUUGCAAGUGGAAACUAUCAAUGAAAUCUUUUGAUUGUCUUUUUUUCCCCUAGUGUUUUUGGCAGAUUACUUAACUAAGCUGGAAAAUCAAAAGCAGAAUGACAUAGAAAGCAUGAGAGCAGAAAAGUGCUGUGAAGAAAAAAAUAGCUUUUUUUUUCAAUCUUUCACAGGCUCUCUUAUUUGAUUUAUUUACUUUUUAAAGAGCUUUAUUUGAGCUUUGUGGCUAAAAUAGAACUAAUUCUGUGAUGGAGGAUUUGAAUAGAUCUUUAAUUAAAAAAAAAACCUAGGCAAUAUUUUAGGGUAAAAGACUUGUGCUUGAUUAUCAGUAGAUUGAUGUAAGUCAGUGGUUCUCAAAGUUUUUCGGACCGCGGACCACUUUACUUAAGUAAAAGCUAUGGCGGACCACCAAGGCCUAAGUAAAAAAUAUGGCGGACCACCAAGGCCUAAAAAUCCGUCUGUACUAU